AUGGAUGACUCCCUACCGUCACCUGUCCCCGUCGAGGUCGCGUGCGCUCAAUGCCCUCCGGCAGAUCUCGUCGCCGGCCAUGUUGGCCCCAUCGUGGCCCAAGGCACCAAUGCGCCUGCCCGCAAGCGGCAGGGCAACGUGGUCAUGCAGGGUGGGAAUCCGGCUGCCCCCACUGGGAAGGCCCGCGCUCCGGGCGCCAACGCCGCUGCGCGAUCCUGGCCGGCGGCGGAGAAGGUCGGCAAGGUCUCGGGCGUAAAGCGGAAGAGGAUUCCGGCUACAAAGAAGUCGGCUCCAUCAUUCACUCCCUCUGCCCCGGCAAGAGGUUCCCCGGCGAUGCCGCUCAACGGCGCUGCUUUCACCGCAAGCGAGGUGUUUGACGAAAUGGCGGGAAUCGGUGGUUCGAACAAUGCCACUACCGAGUUCGUGAACUUAUUGGACACCAACGCCGUUGACAUCGAUCAAGCCCCGUUUGCUGCAUUCGAUUACAAUGAAAUGGAGGGCGGCGUGGAUGAUCACAGUGAUGAAGAAGAAUUGGAGGAGAUAGAUGAGGGGGAGUAUGAGCAAGCGCAAGCAAGAAAAAGCCAGAGAUUAAAGAACUACACGAUCUUGGAAGAUCAAAUCUUGAUCAAGGCUUGGAGUGCGGUGUCUCUUGAUGCUUGCACGGCUUGCUUGGAACAAGACAAAAUUGCCCAGCAAAGAUACAAAGACAUGGAAGCUUUAGAAGGCAAAUUCUUCAAACUAGAGCAUUGUUGGGACUUGCUCAAAGAGUGCGAGAAGUGGAAGUUGAUUGACAAAGAAUCCCCACCGAAGAGAGGUUCACUUACAAAUAUGGAUGAAGAUGAGGAUGAUGAUGGCCCAAGAAACUUGAACAAGCCCGAUGGUGACAAGAAGACUAAGGAGAAGAUGAAGAGAGAGCAUGAAGCAUCGAGCUUGCGGGACAAGAUUGAUGCCAUGGUGCAAUCAAAUGAGUUGAUGUUAGCGAAGACGUCGGAGAUAAAGAAAGAGUUGGCCGAGACGAAGGCACGGGAGAAGCAAGAAAAAUGGCAAUUGCUCAAGGACGAGGGGCUGCGCAAAGCGGCCAUUGAGGAGAGAAGAUCACGUGCCGCUGAAAACAAAGCCAUGUCCAAGUUGCUUGCCGAAGAGAACAAGAUCAUGACAUUGAACCACAAUGACAUGGACGACCUCACCAGAGAAUGGCAUGAUAUGGCAAGAAGAGAUAUCUUGAAGAGGAGAAUGUUUGCGUCGGCCAGUGCGUGUUACAGUGCCGGAGAUGUUUUCUCAACGGGGUUUGGAACCAAUAUCGCCGAUGCGUUCAAUGCACCAGCCGAUGAUUUUGGUGCCGGAGUUGGUACAAGUGCCGGAGGUGGACUCCGUGGUUGCGAUGACCUCGAUGAACUCGGUGGCGCGGAGUGA